AUGACAGGUAGGGGUACAAAUAGAGGUGGGAGAACAACAACCUCUCGAGGCCGACGUGUAGCUAGUAGAGGAAGACUUAUUUUACAAGAUUCCCCAACACCUACACCACCUAUUCCUACAACAACUCCAAUCCCAACACCAACUCCAAACCCAUCAUCUACAGUACCUAUCCUUACAACAACUCUAACCCCAACACCUUCUCCAGCCCCAACAUCUACACCUACUCCUACAACAAAUCCAACUCCAACACCUUCUACGGCCCCAACAUCUACACCUACAACAUAUCCAACCCCAACACCUUCACCUACACCAACACCACAAUGUCAAUCAUUAAGUCCUGAAUCUCAAGAAAAUGAUAUUAUUGAUCAAGAGUUACUUCAGGAAAUAGAGCCUUAUGGAAAUGAAUUUAAUCCAUCAUCUGCUGUCCGUUGUUUAACUGCUGCCAUUAAGAGCAAGUAUGAUUGGUUUUGUCCCACAUGGGGAGAUGCAACUAAGUCUAUGAGAGAUUUUUGGUUUAAUGAAUUUAAGAAAUAUUGCAAAUGGCAGCCCAAAUAUGAAGCACGUAUUCGCCGAAUUUUUGACAUUAAGGGGGAUGUUCGAUAUCGGGGCAUGAUGUAUCAAGCUAGAGCUAAGUAUGCAAAAAGCUCUGUUUACAAGCCAAAAUACAUUCCUGAACCAAUAUGGAAGGAAUUGAUACAUCAUUGGGCAUCAGAUAAGAAAUUUAAGAAUUGGUCAGUGGCAAACACUAUAAACCGUGCUUCAAAUGAAGGUAGCUCUGUGCAUACUGGCGGGUCUAUAUCUAUAGGUGAACAUGAACGUAGGAUGGAAGCAGCUACAGGGGUCAAGCCUACCAUGGAGGAGGUGUUUACUAAGUGUCAUUUAAAAGAAGACAAGUCUUGGGUUGAUAAAAAAGCUGAGAAAGCAAUUGAAGGAUUUAAAAGAAGAAAAAUUGAGCUUACUGAACUAUCCUUGUUCCAAAAUGAGAAUAUUGAUGGAUUGCCAUGUGAAACCCAACCUAUUCCAGAUGACUUGACUAUUUGGAAGGAAGUUGUUCCCAAAGGUAAAAAAGGGACAUUAUAUGGUUUUGGUUCUAUAGGAUCAAAAAUUUCAUCAGGGUAUACUCUUCUUAGUUCAUGCUCACUUGCAUCUAAGGAAACACAUCUAGAACAAGAAUUGAUUGAGUGUCAAAAAAAGGUAAAGGAGCAACAAGCUGUAAAUGAAGAACAAAAACUUCAGUUGCAGAACCAACAGAAAAGAAUUGAAUCAAAUGAAAGCAUGCUAGCUGCCUUAUUUGGAAAACUAAACAUGCCGCUACCUCCAAACUUUGCCUCUGCAAGUCCUGUGCAAGAUGGAUCAAAUGAGAUUGGUGAUCCUUCUAAUAGCAACAACGGUGAUGAUUUUGAUGUUGAUUUGGAUGACUAUAUAUGA